AUGGCGGCCAAACCUUUGUGGGAUAAUGCCAAGAACAUCAUGUUAGAGAUGAGGGACCUCAUCCAGCGUGGAAACACAGAGCGCGUGAAAGAGAGUCGAUUUGGGUGGCAAUAUCGACUUCUGGAUCAGUGUAAAGCGAUAAAAGCCGACAUGGAAAGCCAAGGUUAUAGAGUCCACGAUUGCACCGUUUUUCACUUUGCUUUGGCCGCGAGGAUCGAAAACCCUACGAAGCGACUCUUGCUUGUUCCAAUCAAAGGGAUUGCGAGUUUGACACCAACAGAAUCUCUUUCGCCGAACUCAUACUGGGAUAUCAAAGAUGCUGAUCGAGUUCUCACACCAGAUGAAAUCAGCGGUGCGGAUAUCAUGAUAAUUACGCUUGAUGGAGGCGAAGGACAGGAAGGCUAA